AUGUCCGGAACGACUGCUGAGAGCCUGAUCACAGUCAUAGGAGCUGUGAUCACUUUCGUGGCGUAUAUAAGUAUCCUUCAGUAUCCUGUCAUAUGGUAUAGACUCUUGAAGUACGGCGGAGAAGGAAUCUCCGUCCCAACUCAAUUGAUACUCGCCCUCUCUUACCUUACGUUCUACUUCCUCCCACUUCUCGGUCCCUCUCCCUCUAUCCUUUCGUACUUCCCUCCCUUCUGGGCUUCCGUUAUAUUCAUUUUCUUCUUCGUUCCUUUCCCUCUCUACACCCUCUACCUCCUCCACAUACGUUCUCUGUCACUCCGGCCUGCUUCUCUUUCCCCUUCUGAGAAAUUCCAGUACAAUGGGAUUAUGUUUCUGUGUCUCGUUCUUUCCCUCACCUUCAACUAUAAGUGGUAUGGAUGGGGUGCGCGCCUGAGGAUCGUGGGAGGACAAGGCUCUUGGGGUUUAGGAUGGCUGUACGAGAUCUUGUGGGCCUUCGGGACGUAUUCGGCGGCGAUGGGUGUCUGGCCACAAUUGAUCGAAUGUGAGAGGGAAGGGAGGGAGGCGCUUAUUCGGGAUCCAUGGUUGAUGGCUUACCUGGGAUUGUUGUUUUUCUACCCGGCGAUGAGGGUCCUUGGGGCGUUGGUUGGUCUGACCCUCCAAAUCUGGGAUCCCCUUGCAUUCUAUUCCUCCCUCUUUACGACACUGCUCUUCACCUACUACUUCAUCAAGAUAUUCAUCAUACGCACCUCUGCACCUUCUCUCUCACUUCCUACAUUCUCUUCGUCGUCGGCCGCGCCAAGACGGAGGAACCAGAGCUGGAAUUGGCCUUGGAAGCGAAGUCAGGGCGUGGCUCUUUCUGGGGAGGAAGAACCGCUGUAUAAUGGAUUGAAUCAGGGUAGCGAGAGCUCCGACGAGCAGGCCAUCGUUCGUCCACACACAACACUCGCUCGUGAGGAAUAA